GUAUCAAGGGGAACAUGAGGUUGGCUGUUAAUCCAAUACGAGGCUUGUCUUCUCAUCAUCUCGGAACGUUCAGGCCUAAAUCCACAGAGAAGCGGGAACAUCUCACAUAAUCUUUUUCUCGAUCAUAAUCUUGAAAAAUGGCAAGAAGUGCUGAGAAGGCCAUGGCCAUCCUGUCCAGAUGGACAACAAUGAUGGCCAACGAAGGGAAGGAAGAAAAGGCAACCAAGAGGCCGUACCUAGCUACUGAAUGCGAUAACUUACCAGAGGCUGAAAAAUGGCGACGACAAGUCAUUCGGGAUAUUUCAAAGCGGGUUGCUCAAGUACAGAAUGCAGGUCUUGGAGAAUUUCGAAUAAGGGAUCUCAACGAUGAAAUUAAUAAAUUGAUUCGAGAAAAGCGACAUUGGGAGGAUCGCGUAUUGGAGCUUGGAGGACCUGAUUAUGCAAAAGUGGGACCAAAGAUGCUUGACAAUGAAGGGAAAGAACUUCCAGGCAACAGAGGUUAUAAGUACUUUGGUGCUGCGAAGGAGCUUCCUGGUGUACGUGAGCUUUUUGAACAAGAGCCGCCUAAACCAGUGCGAAAGACGAGAGCUGAGUUGUAUAAAGCUAUCGAUGCUGAUUAUUAUGGUUAUCGCGAUGAAGACGACGGCGUGCUCUUAACAUUGGAAGCGGAGAUUGAAAAACGGGCUAUUGCCGAGGCUGUAGCUGAGUGGCAGCAAAAGAAGGACCUCGGGGAAGUUGAAAGUAGCGAAACUGACGAAACUGAUAUAUACGCAGUACAAGAGACUGAAGAAAGCGAUGACGUCACAAUGGAAAACGUAGGUGAAGCUCCUGAAUCAUUCGUAGCCCACGUUCCCGUUCCAUCACAACAGGAUGUCGAAGACAUGCUUGUUCGAAGGAAAAAGCGCGAGUUACUGGAACGCUAUGCGAGUAAUAUUUUAAUGUCGCAAAGUGAAGAAGCAAAAACACUGAUGGGUCUGUAGGUGUUUUAGCAAUUGUCUCUUCGAAUCGAUACUUGUCUUGAAGAAGAAUCUCUGUGGUCAACAAAGAACAUGAGUCGAAAGUUAAAAGUCAAGAUCACAACGUUUCUUGUCUGAAAUUUUUAGCAGGUUAAAGGGUGACUGUAAAGAAAAAGCAGCGUAAAUCACAAAAACUAAAGCAUGCAUGCUAAUUUGUGAAAGCAUAACAAUAAUCAUGUUUUUUUUCGCCUUUGUGGUUGGUCUCUUUUAAAAAUCUAUGACAAGCAGUGGCAAAUGGUUGGCCCGCAGUAUAUUGUAAAUAUACUUUGUAUACGGAAAAUCAGUUGAUUAAAACUUUUUAUAA